AUGGGAGGAGCUAAUAAAGAUUUCGAUAAUUCGCCAACAACGGACCCGGAGAUUUCCGAAAUCGAUUUUCUUCUGCACAAGUCUUUUCGAGUAGCCUCUUCAUUUCAGAACUCCAACGCGUCCCCAAAUCUAGAGGACGAUUCCAACUUCAGGCACUGGGAAUCGAAUCUAGGGUUCUGGUUGGCCAGAUCUGCAUCUGCUAGGGUGAAAUUCAAGUUGAAGAAACUGUCAAUUGCGUUUGUUGAUGGAUAUUUGUACGGGCUGGCCGGAGGUCACGACAAGGCGGAGAAGGAGGAGUCCGGCGGGGAGGGGCAGGACGGGGGCGAUGAGCUAGAGGGUGAGGGACAUGGCGGUGUACCCCGAGCUGGCCAGGGUUUCGGCGGCGUCGAUGAUGGACUGAGGCGUAGGCAGCGGCUAGUAUGGCUGGGAGACGGUGGAGAGUAUGGAGAGAGAAAAUAUGAGGAGAGAGAGUGGUAG